AUGCCAGACACUUCCCUCGGAUUCAAGAUUAUCAAAGACGUCGUUCGCCAACGCCACCUCGAUCAACUGAGCGCGCACCCCAAGCUCUAUGCUGAGCCGUUGAAAACGAUGCCGGUGUUUGCCACCAGGGAGGAUAUUGUCCAGUGGAGCGAGGAGAGUAAAGCUCAGAUCGCCCAGGGACAGGCUGAUCGUGUUUAUGGAGGUCCGAUUGGCUCCCCAUUGAACUUGAACAAUGCGUUCAUGGCCUUUAUGGAAAGCGCUACUGUGUAUCUCCGAGAUACGUCGAAAGUUUUAGAUGCGGUGCAGAAGUACCAAGCUGGGCAUGUCGAAGAAGCUCUGCGUCUCUUGGAAGAUUCUACUAGAAUCAUUGAUGAGAUCGCCGAAAUGUGGGGCAUGGAAUUCGUUCAGAUCUGUGACCUGCCUGAGCGCCAUCCGGAUGGACACAGUUUCCUGGUAGGCCCCUACUGUGGUGCAUUCUUCCCAAAGGACUUUUCUGGUCACAAUCCUUUCAUCGGUAUCGCAUACAAGGGAACCAGCAAUUUCGGCGAGUUUCUGAACGACUUGUUAGCAGCGAGCACGAUCAAGGCGAGCGGACGUCUCUGGAACACAGAGGUCUGCAGUGGAUUUUAUUACCCGCUCUUUUCGACGUAUAGCGCGAAGACGUUGACCACCACGGCCGCUGUGACGUCUACGAUGCCUUUUGUAAUGGUACAACAAGCUGUUCAAGAUCUCAUUACCAGGGCCACUACAACGGUCAUCACCCAUGUCACUGGUCAUUCACUCGGCGGUGCCUACGCAACACUAACACACGGGCAACUGUGUAUCGAAGGGUUCGGCGCAGCCGGCGCCGCGGUAGGCGACCUGUACACUUUUGGUGGACCGCGUGCCGGCCGCGGUGACUUUGCGACGCUCUUCAAGGCGAGCGUGGCGCCGCCCACCGACCAGGGCUCGACGUGGAGGAUUGUCAACUAUAAGGAUUAUAUUCCCAAGGUUCCUGCGUCUAAGCCCCUGAUCCCUGUUAGCAACCCGUUCGUUCAUAUUGAUGCUGGGGUUAUGGUGUACCCCGACAAGCAGCCGGAGAGUUUACCCUCCGAGAUUGGUACGAAGCCGACUUGGAGCAUUCCUACUGCGAUUUCGCCGCAUUAUACGACGGAGUAUUACAAGUCGCUUGUCUUUGCCACGACUGGGAAACCUCCUGUCAGCGCGACGUUGGCGAGAGCGCCACAUUCGCCGAGUCUCUCGACCUAUAACACUACCCAAGUUACGGCCAAGUUGGAACCUGAAACUCGCAAUGCCCUGCCCGGCGCUGAAGUCACCUUCGAGCCUGGCCAUGGUGGGUUCGUUGUAGGCAAAGUCCGAUACGGGCACUUCCUGGGUGAGAUCGUGGCAUUGGGAACGCUUUCCGAGGUAUCCCAAAAUCCUCAGUUCUUCUGCGACUCCAUGGAGGCUCUUUAUGGGAAGGAAAACCAUGCCGUCUUCUCGGUCAAGGAUGGGAAGACGUUGGAGGUUAGAUUCAUUGUGGAUGAUCAGGAGGUCGCGGUUGCGCGGGCUUCUACCAGCGAAGACAUUGAUCAGGUGCCUACGCGAGGCGUUUGCAGGUUCUAUGAUGACGGAACGCUCGAGGCAGUGGAGCAGAGCGUCGCCCAAAGUGCAGCAGCAGUCUUUCAGCAUGCUUCAGCUUAA